AUUAUGAAUGACAUCAAAAGUGGAAUCCAGUACGUCUUUCAGACCCGUAACAGGAUGACUUUAGCUGUGAGCGGUACGGGCCACACCGCCAUGGAGUGUGCCAUCUUCAACAGCGUGGAGCCCGGGGAGAGCGUGCUGGCAGCGGUGAACGGCAUCUGGGGAGAGCGAGCUGCAGACAUGGCAGAGAGGAUCGGGGCCAGAGUAAACACAUUAGUGGCGCCUCCUGGUGGCUACUUAACAACUUCAGAAAUUGAGAAGGCUUUAUCGAAGCACAGGCCGGUGGUGUUUUUCCUGGCUCAUGGAGAAUCUUCUACUGGAGUCCUGCAUCCUUUAGAUGGAAUAGGAGAGCUGUGCUACAAGUACAACUGCCUCUUUCUGGUGGACUCUGUGGCUUCUCUUGGAGGAGCUCCGCUGUACAUGGACCAACAAGGGAUUGACAUCCUGUACACUGGUUCCCAAAAGGUCCUGAAUGCUCCUCCUGGGACGGCACCCAUUUCUUUCAGUGAAAGAGCUUGCCAAAAAGUGUUCAACCGGAGAUCAAAGCCUGUGUCGUUCUUCCUCGAUCUGAACUGGCUUGCUAACUACUGGGGAUGUGACGAGAAGCCAUCAAGAAUGUAUCAUCACACCGGUCCGGUCACCGCUUUUUACUCCCUGAGGGAGAGCCUGGCUGUCCUGUCUGAAGAGGGUCUUGAAAAUUCGUGGAAGAGGCAUCAAAGCGCUGCAGAGCAUUUCUAUGCUGGCCUGGAGAAAUUGGGUCUCAAGCUUUUCGUCAAAGAAAAACAUGCUAGGUUGCCCACUGUGACCACCAUUGUUGCUCCUCAUGGAUACGACUGGAAGGAAGUCACAAGCUACAUCAUGAAAACGCACAAUUUGGAGAUUUCUGGAGGGCUGGGCCCGUCAGUUGGUCUGGUGCUGCGUGUGGGGCUGAUGGGAUGUAACAGCAGUAAAGAGAAGGUGGACAUGGUGCUGGCUGCUCUCAAGGACGCCCUGGAGCACUGUCACAGAAGCAAAGUGUAAAGGCUUUGGUUUUAGUUUAGUCGAAAAAAAAAGGCUGUCUGAGAGGGUCAGUGAAAAAAUCUAUAAGUUUCUGCUGUUUUUUUUUUUUUAGGUUAAGUUCUUGUUUUCCAGACCAAAAUAAAAGAAAUCCCUACAGACUUUUUGAAGAUUGUGUAUAAAGUUUUCUAGAUUUUUUUAAGUUCAUAAAACUUUCUGCAGUCUUCUAUAUUUUUAAUGCUGCUUUCAAAAAAUAUUUUCAACGAUUUUUUUUUCUAAUCCAGAGUUUCUGGGGUUCUAUGGUUAAUAAUUUACUGACUUGUAUGUUUCUUCAGAGUCAUUUCCUAAACUUUCACUGAAACUGCUUUCGAAAGGUCAAUGUCAAUUAUUUAAAAAAAUAAUGUUUGUAAAAAAUAAAAGUUUCAAUGUUUUAUUUUAUUUUUUAAUAUUUUGUAUUCAAGACAACCAGCGAACCACAGAAUUCACAUUGUAAUUGAGACUGUAACAACUAAGACGAAUAUCCUCACUAACAUUUUUCAAUGUGAUGAGUUGAAAGGGAGUAAUUUAUCAAAGCUGGAUUUAACCAUUGACUGUAUAUGAGAGAACUGGACAUGGUGAGUGUAAGGUCACCCACUGAAAAUGCCUUGCCUCUGGUUCCAGUGAAAUGAAGUCAAUUCAGGCGUCAUUUUUCUGUUAUACAGACUUUGCCAUGUUGGAACAUCAACGUUAGUAAACUGUAAUUGAUCCAAGUUGGUAUGAGCUCAACCAGCAAGGCUAGAUUGGCCCCAUAAGGUUUCAAAGUGGUUUGGAGAAAAUGGGGUUUGUCCCCAGUUGUAACGAUCACUCCUCCUCUCUAGAGGGGACGUCACAACACCCUUUUAUAGGCGUGGGUGCAGUCAAUGUUAUAAUGUUAUAAUUUGUCUUUUUGUUUUAUCCCUCAAAUAAAUUAAAUAAAAAAACAAUGUUAAUGAAUCAUACAGAAAGUCGUUUAAGUUAUCCUAUGUUAUUUAUAUUCAUAUGCAAAGGUGCUUCACAAAUCCCAUCAACCCAAUAACAACAACAAACCCCCCAACAAUCCACACACACAAAAUACAAAUAAAUAUUAUCCCCUUAGUCCAAACCCCAAGUCCCACAGUUAUGACAGCGCGAGGAAAGAGAAAAAAAAAUGAAGUCUGUCCAGCUCACGUGACCGUGGGAAAGUCGCUUCGUCCGCUUUCGGAAACGCGUUCCACGAGGAAAAUGAUGAUUGGGGAAAAAAAUGAAGAAGAUAAUCCAACUCAGGGAAAAAAACCUCUCAAAAAAUAUUUUGACGGUAUAAUCCACAAAGAGACGGCAAACUUCCUCCACACCGAAAUCAUCCGCUCCGUGCUGCUGGCGGCUCUGCCGGCAUCUCUGAGCCACGCCCCUCUCCUGCGCACCUGUCCAUUCAAGAAAAUCAGGAGUCCUUUCACUCCUCAGCCACAGUCCCGCUCGUCCAAUAGGGUGGCUCACAAAACAAAAACAACUCAUGACCUCAAAGUGCAUAAAACCCAGCUCAAAACAACUCGGUUAACACGAGAAUCAUGGUUACAACUGGCAUUCAAUG